AUGGUUUACUACAGUACAUCAAGAAAUGUAAAAAUGCUUAGAAGUAUAAUUAUAGAUUAUAGAGCCUCUCAAGAGACUUCUCCAUAUGAGUAUAUGAAAAUGUACGUAGAAAAACUUCCCGAAACAAUGGAGGAUACUAAAAUCUCUUGGAUUGUGGAAACAUUUUUGGGUAUUCAGAAACAUUCAGAAUUUUUGAAAAAUAUUACAUAUCAUGUAUCACAAGAACUUUCAGAAGACGACCAAGAUUUCUUUAUGAUAGUUUUUUAUGUCGUUACUUUCGAACUAUCUGCAUCCAAUAUGACUCUUCUUUAUAAGUGUUUGUUUAAUUUGAGUAAGCCACUUCUAAAGGUGUUUACAAAUUUUUUAAGUAACAAUGAAGCCCUCACUGUGAUAUCCCAAAUAGCGCACAAUGAAUACGAUACUAACUUUGUAACUGAGAAAAUCAUUAACCCAUUAUUUACGUGGCAACCCUACAUUAGUGAAAUGGGACACAACUAUGCCGAAUUCAUGAAUAAAACUGAAAGAUCAAAGAUAAAAAUGAAUACUAUACCAAUACAACCGAAUGUUUUGAAUAGGAAAAGUACAAGUCCUAAUGCUAAAUUUUCCCCAGAUUUACCACCUACGCCGGCGAAUUCUGUCCAAAACAAAAACAAAAGCAUGCUUACUAAAAGUACGAUUGAUAAGAGACUUAAGCAAAUUCAUGAUAGUAAUAAACAAAAAGCACUAAAUUUACUUCAAGAUAUAAAAGCAAAUAAUCAACAUUAUACUCAGGGAAAAUCCGAUAAAUAUUUUAAAACUUUGAAAAAUCUUAAGGAAGAUAUAGAUCAUAAAAAAAAGAAAGUUACCUUGCAAUCAAAAUCACUUUUAAUGAACCAAACUCCACCUUUAGUUAAGGAAACAGCCGCGACCAUAAAAAGAAUAAAUAAUACAAUACAAGUGUCUGAAAAGAAGGAAAUUCAGUGGCUUGAGGAUUUAUUAUAUAAUUGUAAAAACACAACUAAAGUAGAGGAGCUUGAGUAUUACGAUCGCCAAGAAAGAGAAAGAGAAAGGUUACUUGAUAUUGAACGAAAACAUUUGGUAGGUCAAAUUUCAUACGAGGAAGCAGUUAUUGCAAAGAAAAAGUUAAUUGAUGAUAACAAGAAGAAACACGAUAACUUUCUCAGAGAGAAACAAAUAUGGGAAGAAGAAAUUGAAAGAUGGCGAAAGAGUGAAAUGGAAAAAAAUCGCAUGAAAGUUGAGAAAUUGUCACUCAUUGAACUUGAGAUGCUUCAUGCUAGGAAUAAUAUUACAAUAAAGAAAAAGGAAACAGCUGAGAAAAUAAGAAAAGAAUCUGAAGAAAGGUUAGCUCAAGCUUUGAAAAUACAAAAAGAGGAGUUGGACCGCAAAAUACAAAUGAUAAAAGAAAUAAAUAUUCUUGCACAUAUAACAAAGAAGUCUAAACUACCUAAAAUAAUAGAUCUAACAGAAAAAUCUGGAGUAGGCCUACUAUGUGAAAUGUCGAUUGCUGAGUUACAGGAACGAUUGAGUAUUUUUAAAAUUGGCCUUAAAGAAGAAUUAGAAAAAAAGAAACAUGAAAUCAAAUUACAGAAUCGGUUAGCUAAGCAGGAAUUGGAUGAGACAAAGAAAAAUAUUGAUAAAUAUAUGACUGAGCAAGCAGAUAUGCGAAAACAGAAAAAAAAACCACCAGUGUGCGUUGGUCAUUCUUCAUGUAAUGAAAUCAAAGAGUUAAAGAAGGUUCUAGAGGAGAAACGUAAAUUACGAAUUCAACUCACUAGUUAA